AUGGCCGCCUCCACCCUGUCCGUCUGCUCCAGCGACCUGAGCUAUGACAGCCGGGUCUGCCUGCCUGGUUCUUGUGACUCCUGCACCGACUUGUCCUGGCAGGGAGACGACUGUCCUGAGAGCUGCUGUGAGCCCCCCUGCUGCGCCCCCAGCUGCUGUGCCCCCUGCUGCUGCGCCCCCAGCUGCUGUGCCCCCUGCUGCUGCGCCCCCAGCUGCUGCACCCCCAGCUGUUGCUGUGCUCCCAGCUGUUGCUGCGCCCCCGCCUCCUGCCUGACCCUGGUGUGCACCCCAGUGAGCUGCGGGUCCAGCCCCUGCCAGUCGGCCUGCGGCAGCCCCUGUGAGCCCUCAUGCUGCAGCUGCUCCCCCUGCCAGCAGGCCUGCUGCAUGCCCGUGUGCUGCAAGCCCGUGUGCUGCACACCUGUCUCAUGCACACCUGCCUGCUGCACACCUGUCUGCUGCAAGCCUGUGUGUUGCACGCCUGUCUGCUGCAAGCCCGUGUGUUGCACGCCUGUCUGCUGCAAGCCCAUGUGCUGCACGCCUGUCUGCUGCACGCCCAUGUGUUGCACACCCGUCUGCUGCACGCCCGCCUGCUGUGUGCCCGACUGCUCGGGGUCCUCCCCCUGCUCGCCCUCCUCCUGCUGCCAGCCCAGCCCCUGCCCCCCGCCCUGCUGUAAACCCUCCUCCUGCGUGUCCCUCAUCUGCCGCCCCGUGUGCAAACCCGCCUGCUGCGCCCCCGCCCCCUCCUGCCAGCCCGGCUGCUGCCGCGGGGCCUCCUCCGUGUCCCUGCUCUGCCGGCCCGCGUGCCCCCGCCCUGCCUGCUGCUGA